CAUCUUACUUGGUUAAUUUCAAACCGUACCUUUCUUGUAUACCAAAUACAGCUAUGGCAACAACAGCCUCAGCCACACUGUCCCCACCCACCUUGGCUGCCGCCACCGUCGGCAGUCCCCGGAGAAGAACUGCAGUCAAUGUGAGUUACAUCGCAGGGUUGAAUUCCUUCGGUGGGCUAAAAGCUCACAACAGCGUGGUCUCACUAGGCCAACCAGUGUGCAUCGAGCAAUCGUUUGCAAACGUCGUGAGCUCGCUCAAAGCUCCGUCAAGGGGGAACGGUAGAGGCCGCGGCGGCGGCGGCUCCUUGUCUUCGACAUGCAACGCGGUGGGUGAGAUAUUCAGGAUUGCAGCAAUCAUGAAUGGACUUGUUCUCGUUGGUGUUGCUGUGGGGUUCGUUCUUCUUCGAAUUGAGGCAUUUGGAAGAGUCUUGAGUGAGAAUUUAAGCAACUUUGUUUUUUUAUUGCUUCAUGAAUAUAUAUCUACUUUUAUUUGCAGUAAUCAUGUAUAUGUAAUUUGCUUUCAUUCUUCAAUCUUCAUGGAUGUGGAACCUUAA